AGGUUACAGUUGACGGUAUGCAUUGGCAAAAUAUUAAUACACGAUUUCCCAGAACACUGGCCAACUGCUCCACAGACCAUUCAUAACUACCUGGCCAGUGAUAACCAAGGAUCGUGGUUUGGGGCACUGGUUGCUCUCUACCAAAUAGUGAAGAAGUUCGAGUUUAAGAAAGCAGAACAACGAACCAUUCUUCACGACACUAUGAAACAAUUCCUACCUCUCAUGUACCAACGCUGUGCGAGUUUAAUGCAAGAUCAAUCGCAAGCUGCUACUGAAAUAAAGAAAAUGGUCAUAAAGACUCUUUUUGCAGUGUUUCAGGUAAACUAAGGGAGUGGUCAUUAUUUAUACAUGUAUGUACUAUUUAAAAUAUGAGCAACUCUAGUGUUUUAUCAGAUAUAAAGAUACCAGGCAAAGCCAAGUAUCUUUAGGUCUGAUAAAACACACACUGCGAAUGUUUUAAAUUGCUUCAUAAACGAUCGAUCUGGUAAGUCCAUUCUAAUUAAGUAAUUUUCAAAAAAUAUAUGUUGUGUAAGUCGAGAAAAUCAAAGUUAAAGUUCAUGUAAAUCAAGGGAAAUCUCUAUCACAUAUAAAGAUACUACACGCUCAUGAUUUUUCUUUGUGUUUUCCUCAUGAAUUAUUAAUGAGUUUUUGAAGGCAAAAACUCAUUAAUAAUAAAUAAAUUAAUAUCAUUAAUAAAAGGGUAAAUCAUUUUUGCUGUUCCGACCAUUAAAAAGUCGAAAUUAUUUUUUACCCAACCUCAACUAUCAGUUAAAAAAAUUCGAUACCAACGGCUGGCCAAAAACUUUACAAAAGGAUACAGCGGUUCAGUUGUCACACAUGUCCUAUAUCCCACUUCUGUGACAUGAGUUUGAUUGUGCAAUUUUCUGCAUUGUAUAGUUUCAUGCUGCACAUGUACUUUCUCUGAAGGCACCAUUUGCCUCCUGACAAAUCGGAAAAUGAUCAAGAUAGUGACUCUGAUUGAUUUACAUAUUAUUGUAUUGACAUACGAUUGUUGACAUUAGGGCCAUUUAUACGACCGAAAAUAAAUCAGGGCCUAAAUAAGCCGCGGCUUAAAUAAGUCGCGAACAACUCGUAUAAACCGUCAAUUUGCAAUAAGCCACGGCUUAUUUAGGCCUAGUUUUCAACUCUGCAUGGGCUUAUUUUAGUUGCAGCUUAUUGCAAAUUGACUGUUUAUACGAAUUGUUCGCGACUUAUUUAAUCCGCGGCUUAUUUUCGCUCGUAUAAAGUGAGUUAUUCUUCGGAAAUGACAAUAAAUUUUUAUUACUCAACCCAUAAUGACCCGUCCGUGAAGUGAAUAUUUAUGAAACUUAAAUUUCCUAUUUAAGAUUUUUUGUUUUCUUUAGUAUCAUCUUCCGACUGAUGUAAUUACCGAACAAAAUCUUCCUUCAUGGAUGCAUUUAUAUCAAGCAAUUGUGGACCAACAAGUGCCCGAGGUAUGUCUUUAGUUAUUCGCCUAAUUUCAAAAUAGUGUCAGUUUCUAAGCUCGUUGGUGAAAUUGAAAUUGACACGACGUAGCCAUGUUUUCACCGUACCGGAUAGCUUUCAGUAUAAAGCGGCGCAGUAUAAAGCACCUAUCCGAUACUGCAUGAAUGCACAACUUUCAAAAGCUGUGCAAAACAACAUUCUCCAUUGCAAUAAUUCAAUAGAUACAGAUAGGUAGUUUAUUGAAGUUUACGUUGCAGCCAUGAACUGAAUUACGUGAAAUUUACAAGAAUUUAUAAAGAAGGGUAACAAGGGGAACAAGGAAUUCUAUUUUAUUUACAAGAAGAACAAGGAAUUUAGAAGAACAAGGAAUUCUAUUUUAUUUACAAGAAUUCCACUAUGUCUAUAUGCAUUAUGUUAAAAAAUACUAUUGCUAAUUAUGCCUUAAUUGGGUUACGGUAAAAACUAUUUCUAUAAAAUGAUUCGUGUUUAAAACAGUUCCUAUACGGAUCGUGUUUAUACUUAGAUUGCCUAUAAUGUAUUUGUUAAUUAUGCCUUAAUUGAAUUACUGAUGAUAAAACUGUUCGUAUUUACUCUUGGGUUUAUGAAUUUCGUCUUUUUUCUCAAAUGAAGUGAGAUACUGUUUUUAGCAGGCAAUAGUGUAAUUCCUCUGGAAAUAGCAUUACUAAUAGGUACGGAUAGGUGUUUCUCGAAAACACGUAGCCUAAUUGUGACUUUCUGCGCCGUUUUCAAGCCGCUUUCGCGUAGUGUGAACAUAGUCUGAAACAGGCAUCGAAGUUAACUGUACAUGUUUUAUUUUUCUCUUGAAAGGAAUGUACACAGUUAGAUGAAGACGAGAGGGAAAAAUCGCCAUGGUGGAAACUAAAGAAAUGGGCGAUUCAUUCAAUGUGUCGUUUAUUUGAAAGGUAUUUACCUGAUAACGCGUCCGGUUAGAAAUACUGGGGCGAGGGUAUUACAGCUAGGCAGGCGAACCCCGCCACGCCGAGCUCGUAUAUAUAUCUUAACCAACACUGCAUGGAUUUUGGGGGAAACGUUGGGGUGGAUGAUGUAGGAGGUUGAUGAGGCGUGGUAUAGCACCUUAUUAUAACCUUGGCAUUUUGGCAAAGAGUAGCAUAUUACUGUACAUACAAAUCAGAAAUGAAAGAUAUAUCUCCAGUACUUUAAUUAUACUUGGUUUAGUCUACAGUAUAUAUUAUUAAUUAUAUGAUCAUAUACAGUUCUAUACUUCAAAUGUAUAAAUAGUACACACUUGCACAUCUGGUUCCCCAGAAGGCUUGGGAGAAGUAUCAUUGUGAAAUAAUAAGGUGAUAUAUAGUAUCUGAUGUUCCAUCAAAUUUCCACUGUGUUUUAUGACAGUAUUGUAUUCUGGGUUGAAAAUGUUUUCUUUUAGGAUAGAGAAUGUUUCAAGAGAACUAGUAACAGUUUCCAAUAUUCUUCAGGGAUCGACAUAACCAUCAAUCCAUUAUGCAUUAAUAAUUAACAAUUAUUCGCCGAAGGCGAGGUGAAUAUCGCUGAAUAAAAACCGAGACGAAGUCGAGGUUUUUAUUCAGCGAUAUUCACCGAGCCUGAGGCGAAUAAUUGUUUUAUUGUAUAAUUACAAAGGUGAUUAUUUAAAAAAAAUAAUAUAACACAUCUCAAUCUUUUUUCAUACGGCGGCGACUUUAGCUUUCUAUAUCCAGGGCCGCUCAUAUCGCCAUCAAGAAUGCUUUUUUUAGUAAUUUCCAUCACUUUUUCUUAUAGAAACGUAGAAUUUUGAUAAACAUUUGUUUAUUGCGUCAAUAUUGAUGUCUUCAAACUCAUUUGCGAAUUCUGACUGUCGUUGAAACAAACCUGUUGUAGAAAAUACUUUUUUUACAAACGUAAACAAAUGUCUAAACUAUUGUACGGCAACUUAAAUAAAACGGUGUUUUAUGCGAAGUAGUUUCCCCAUCUCGUAGUUUCCCAUCUCGAAAUACUUUUAAGCCAAAUUUUGUCACUUCUUUCGUGCUUUUAGGUACAGUAUUUUCUUUAAAAUUUAAUUUAUUUCUUCAUCUGUCACUUCGACGAAACCACUCGCCGCCAUUUUGAAAAAAAAAACGUUUAGGUGAUUAUCGCGUAAUAAUCCGAGGUCGCUUGACCAAUCAGCGGCCACAAUUUUCGAUAAUCACCUUUGUAAUUAUACUAAUUAUAAUUAAUGAAGAGCAUAGCCGUUGAUAACCUCUUCAUGAUAACCAAAGUAAUGAGCAAAAUUUCACAGAUGACAUAGUAUGACAUGGUCAUAGAGAAUAUGUUGUGCACGUCCAACAUUACCGAAUCAUCAAUAGCACAGUAUAAAUAAGGGGCCACGUCCAUAUUCAUGUUGCCACAAAUAAUGUCGAAUCGACAUUAUUUCACCCACUCCAGAUAACGUCGAUCGGAUCGAUAUUCAGUUUUAUUUUGACCGAUAGACUCACAAUUAUUGUACUUUACUGCUGUCAUUGGCUGGGAUUUACCCUGGUUCCAGAGGUUUAAAAUAAACCUCUGGUUGAAAGCGGCAAUUGAUUCAUCGAGCCGCGCCAAUCAAUUUGAAUUAGGAUCAGAUCCUGACUCUGUCUCCUAAUUGGAUGAUUGGAUUAAAGCUCUCUGAUUGGUUAUAGAUGUUUUAUUUGAAUCAAUCAAAGAGCUUUAAUACAAUCAUCCAAUCAGGAGAGAGAGUCCGGAUCUGACCCUAAUUCAAACUGAUUGGUGCGGCUCGAUGAAUCAAUUGCCGCUUUCAACCAGAGGUAUAUUUUUCCUCUCCCCUUCGCAAUGAAAAUAAUUAUAAGUAAUAGCAUAAAAAGAGGCGAAUUAGCUAUUAAAACAUCCCGCCCGAUGAGGGUCGUUUAGUAAAAUUCCCUUGGGCGCCGCUCGAUGAGGGUCAUAGGAUGAGGUACAUGGGAUUGUAUUUUGAUACAAUAUUUAAAUAGUGAUUUGGUUUUCGCCAGAGUGGCAAUAAACAAUACAACCAAGAUAUAGCCGUUCUCAAAAUUAAAAUGUCCAUAAUACAUGUCAUAUUCUUGUUGGUAGAAGUUGGCAAUCAUAGUAAAUUAUAAAACAAUCUUCUAAUGGUGACCUUGUUUGUUAAACAUGAUAUGUCUACUGACAGUCUACGAAAUUAGAAAAGCUAUGCGCUUGUGGAGGUUCCGCUGAUUCGGCUGAACUUAGCCUUCAGCCUUCUGUAUAUAGCCUAUAUAAGUGUAAAAAAAUUGGAAGUAUAGAAGAAACAGAAUAGCAUGUUAAAAUCUUACCAGUUUAAAGCUUUCAACUGUCUUGGUGACCUAAUAGCUUUAAUUCAACCCGAUUCGUUCUUUCGUUGUUGUUGCACCAAUAAAAAUACAUUAAUUCAUAAAGAGUAAGUCCAGAGUACAACACAACAUGAAAAACACAGUACAAUUCGGUGAAAAUUUAGCGAAAUUGCCAGAAAUAUUAUUUGCCCACUCAUCACGUAACCGCCAUUUUGAAACUGAACUAUAUAUGUCACUGAAGCAUACUUGCAAAAUCACCCAUAAUAUCCAUAAAAUACACCGAUGUACCUGUGAAAUAUUCAUUUAAUUUUGUGAUAUCCUAAAGACAGACAAUUAGCAUUUUAAAGCUCCCUCGGGCUACGCCCGACGGAACAAUAAACCUAAAACAAAGGAUGUGCACGGUGUAAGGUACGGCUCAACAUAAACACACAGCUCAUUAUAACCGCUUUGAAGUUUACUGAGUUUCCAGACCAUGUCUCGAAAGACUAUGCCACCAGUUAGGCCCCUAGACCAUGCCAGGUGCAGUGUUUCACCGGUUCCCUAUGAGACAAUCCGGCCCGGAGCUGCCUGUAGUGAUUUUUCAUUUGGUCAAAAUCUAACCACCAACCACGAGCAAGGCUUGACGAGCACCUCACCUAAUACAUCUGGCUGGGUCCAUUCCUGGGUGAUGAUGAAUGAAUUUCGUGAUUGAUGCUGAAAUUAUGUUUCUUUUUUAUCAAUAUAGGUAUGGCACUCCAGGAUCGAUUGAUACAGUGUACGAAACAUUCGCAACAUAUUUUUGUAAAACUUUUGCAGGUUAGUAUACUUAGGCCUGUUUCAAACGUCGCUCUUCUCAUGUGCCAAACGCAUUAAAAACAAUAGAUAUAAUCAGCUGAAUAGCCCAUGAGAAGCGCGACGUUUGUGAGCGACCUUUCGCUCACACCAUAUACACUCAUGGCUAGUUUAACCAGGAAAACAAGCUAUUGCCUGACUAUUGAAAUUAUUCUCAUUUGGGAUUGAAAUUUAAGUCGCUUGAAUCAAGAUGGCGCAACGCAUGCGUAAGCAUCUAGUUUUGGUGAAUCUCUACUCGCAAUUUUACAUCGAAAUUGAGUGAUUAAAAAAACAUUUCACAGAACUUGGAAGUUUGUAGACUGAACUCGCGAUGCCAUACGUUUCCCAAAUGUGUAACAAGUAGAUGUGUGCAUCGGAUCGGAUUGGACGUUUAUAGUCGGACAAUUGCCUAAUGUUUAAAAUCCGAUCCGAAAUUGUCUAAUCCGAUCCGAGUCUAAAUUGAUAAAGAAUUCCAAUCCGAUCCGAUCCGAAGAAUUCUUUAAUAAAAUAAAUUUCUCAUUCAAGUUGAAAUAUUUAACCAAAUAAAUAUAAAAGCAAGAAAUACAUGUCAAGAAGCUGACAAAGUGACGUCCAAUUGAAGUAUCAAACAAAUAAUGCAGCGACAACCGCGAUAAUGCUUUGAUAAAUGCGUGGAUAAUUAAUUCUUGCGUUAAUGCGUGGAUAAUUAAUUCAUUUUAUUUCGGAUAUCGAAGUCCGAUCCGUUCCGACUACGAAACAACUUUAUCAAUCCGAUCCGAAAUGAAUAUUUUGGUUCCGAAAUCCGAACAAAUCCGAUCGGAUUCGGAUCGGAUUUGCACACCUCUAGCAACAAGCAUUUGGGCAAAUGUUCGAAAAUUGGAUGAACAUUUAAAUCCUAAAAGUGGAAAAAAUUUCAACUUCAACCCACCACUAUAGAUCAGAUGGUAUUUAGUCAUUUUGUAUCGCAAUUAUUCAAUCAAGGUGUCACUUGACAGCUAAAAGCCUGAUCUUUAUAUAAACGAAAACAGAAAACUUAUAAACGUAAUAAUUAACGCAAGAUAACCUGUCAAAGUUGGAUUACCUUUUUUUACAUACCCCGCGUAUUAACCGUUUUAAAGUUAACAUAUCCGCAUUUUAGUUACCCUCUUUUCCGCGUUUUGCCGUCCAUCCGCAUCCGCGUUUUACUACCCUCUCGUUUUUGCUGCACACACGAUCAGAUCUCUAUUGAAAAGCUGUUAUUUCUUGAAACGAGGAUUAAAUAUUUAUUAACCAUUAAAAUUUGUAGUUGGGAAUACACAGACAGUAUUAAAAAUUCUUGACCAUCAGAGGAGGAAGAUAUAUGUCGCUCCAAGAGUUGUGCAAAUGGCGCUGAACUAUCUCAAUAAUGGGUAAGCGAUAUUGUUAUAUAGCUAGGGUGAACACCAAACAUGUUUGGCUGAUUUGUGGUCACGUGACUUCAGAUAAAUGCAAUGUAUCCCGCCUGGCAACAAGUGAAAAAUUGUUGCCCGCCCCGACCGGCUACUUACAUAAAUAAACAAAAUGGAGGCACAACUAGCAUAAUUAGAAACUACGAUUUUCCAAGUUUGUGUUAAAAUAAAGAAUGUAAAAGAGAAGAAAAAUACACAACAGGCAACAGAAUAUGCUGCUGAAACCGUUGGAGUAGGUUCUUUUAAUUUUAAGCACUAUUUAAAGCACGCGUAGGAGUGUUUUAUCAGAUAUAAAACGCGAGGCGCAGCCGAGCGUUUUAUAUCUGAUAAAACACUCCUACAAACACUCCUACAGUCCUUAUAUCUGAUAAAACACUCCUACGUUUUAUAUCUGAUAAAACACUCCUACAUUUUAUAUCUGAUAAAACACUCCUAGAGUGUUUUAUAUCUGAUAAAACACUCCUACAAGUGCUUUAAAUGGCUUAAAAAACGACCCAUCUUCUGAUGAGUACAUUAGCGAAGUAAUUUUUAAAAUAAACUUUGUCUAAACAGAGAAAAUCAAAGCUAAAGUUUAUGUAAAUUAGCAUGAUUUUUUAUCACAUAUAAAGUUACGACACGCUUAUGAUUUUUCUUUGUGUUUUCCUCCUGAAUUAUUAAUGAGUUUUUUAAGCUUGUUUACACUAUAGUGUUUUUGUCACGAAAUACAGUUGUUGUAUGGAUGUUGUUGAAUGUCGAUUUUUGUUCGUCGCUAUAUAACAAUCUCGACUUCGUCUCGGGAAACAUUGAGACUCUCGGGAAAACAAAACAAAACAAAACAAACAAUUUCCCUCGGGAGCAGACAUUGAGUGUAUAUUAUUUCCUGUACCGGGUGUCCCAAAAAAAAGUACUCCGGUUUGAUUUCUAAUAACUUCUAAACAGGUAACGCUAUCAAACAGAAAUAACUUGCAUUAAAUAGAGGAAGGACUAACUUAGAUUUUGAUAUAUUACAGUUGUACUUUACUUAAAAAUUCACGGAGAUAUUAAUGUUCAAAAUCGGGAGCAUAUUUUGGGAUUUAUUUAAAGUUAGCGAAAAUCGGCGUAUCAAAUUUUAACUCCAGCGUUUGUUUGCUUAAUGACAUAUAAGGGUAAAUUGUAUUUCAGCGAAUUGUCGUUAGGGUUUGUAAGGGAUAUGGCGUAGAUUUAGACAUCUUACAUGUAAGUCUUAACUCAUUGUUUCCUGAAAUAUGAACGUUCGAAAUUAUGUAAGUAUUUAAUAGGUCUUUGCAAACUUAAGGUACUGAAAGACCAUGCAAGGCAGGCGCUUCAAUUUUUCUUGAAUAACCUAUUUUUUAUGUUUUUCAUGGGUUCAAAACAAAGUUGAUUAUUUCUCGGUUAGAGCAGGAUUAAUAUUGUUCUUUAAUGGAGGAAAUAAUAUUGUUUUUUGCAAAUACACAUCACAGUAUCAAAGCUACUAUUUUGUUACGUUUUGUUCCAAAAAUGUUGGAUGUCUCUGGGGAGUUGCAUGCUUGUUAUGUCUUUACUUAUGGAGUUGUAUGGUUUGAUUGUGUUUCAUUUUCAGUUUAUUCUGAACUUGCCAAGAUUAAGAAAGGCAAUAGAGUUUGGGUGUUCUUAACAAGAUUUCAGAACGUUGCAGAAGUUAGAAAAUUCAUUCAAUGUGAAGUUAGAAAAUUCACAAUUCCAUUGUGACAGCGUGCCCUAAUUCAGAACUACGAACGAUCCAUGACGCUCCUUCGCGAUGCAGUGGUCUCAUGAAAUAAGGAAACGUAUUCGUGCUAGGAACACACGCGGAUUUCGGACGAAUAAAUCUUGCUUGUAUUUUGUAGAUAAUAAUACUUUGUUUCAUGAUAAACAAUUUGUCAAGUGUCAUUUAUUUACUGCUAAUAGUGCAUGUUUCAGUCGGGUAAAUCUUGAUUAAUAUUUGAUACGCUGUUUUUGGCAUAUUUCAGACACAUCAAGAAAUAUGCUCCCGAUUUUAAACAUUAAUAUCUCCGUGAAUUUUUAAGUGAAAUACAACUGUAAUAUAUCAAAAUCUAAGUUAGUCCUUCCUCUAUUUGAUGCAAGUUAUUUCUCUUUAAAAGUUUUACUUGUUUAGAAGUUAUUUCGAAUCAAACCGGAGUACUUUUUUUUGGGACACCCGGUAUAUGCACAGAAAAGGAUAACAACUUAAUCGGAUUUUAAAUCGGCGAUUUAAUAAUAAAUUAAAGUAUACUGAAUGGUGUUUUUGUGAUAUCCAGAAUUGUUAAUAUCAUAUACAGUCAAAGGUUGAAGUUCACGGAUAAUGGGCAAUUCUUAAAUUACGCUGCCCAUACAGAUAUUUAAGGCAAAAGCAAAACCACAUGUCACUUUGAAAACGCAAGAAAUAGCCAUUGUGGACUUUUAAUUUUCCGGGUGAGCAUGCCCCAGGAGUAGUGGCGAAGCUAGACAUAGCAACAGGUCAUGUAAGGAAAUUUUUAAUGAUUUGUAUUAUUCAAACCUUUACAACUGUAUUGUCUUUAACUUAGUUACAGUGGUGUCAAGUAACGAAGUAAAUGUACUUGGUUACUGUACUUGAGUAGAAGUGAACAUGUAACAAAGUAAACUUUUUCUGCAGUACUUUUAUUUGGAACGAAGUCAUUUUAAGAAGUAACGUUUUACUUCGUUAUUUUCAUUUUGUGGCGAAGUAUUUCGUUACUUUCUAACUUUUGUUUAAUUUUACGUAAUUUAUUCACGAUUUAUUUUAAUUUGGGAUAGGUAAUAGGACCUCUACUUGCGUUUGGGAUCUCUCGUUUGUGACUUACUUAUAAGCAUUAUUUAUUUAAUGAAUUUCUUAUAUCUUCAAAGGGGUCUGGAAAGUAGACCAUGCCGUGAAAUAUUGUAUGUUUAUAAUGCAUGUGCUGUGUUUUUUGUAUCUCAAUCCAUGAAUGGAGAAGUCCCUACACUCUGAACAAUGGAAAUUGCUUUUACUUUGUACUUCAAGUAUUUUUUAAGGAUACUUUGUACUUUUUACUUAAGUACGUUUUGCCUCCAGUACUUUUUACUCUUACUCAAGUCGUUUUAUUGUUAAGAGGCAAUUUUUUUCAAUGUCACGUAUAUAUUUGCAAUGAAAAGUGUUCAAAAUCUAAAAUCUUUUUGGCGUCCCUCUCAAAAUUACUUUGUUUUAGCUUUAUUCUCUAGUUUAUAGAGUUAGCUACCUUUUUAAAUGCAUCUGCCGGUUGAGAAACAUAAAAUAAUAGUUAAAAAUUGUCAAUUAAAAUACAAUUAUCAGUGAUGCUUAAAAAUUUAUGCCAUAUUUACAGUCAUAUAAGCAAAACGUACUGAACUUCAGACAUCAUUUUCUCUUUGGCAUAUCAUUUAGAAUCUCUUCAUUUUAGCAUUAUUUUACAGAUAAAACACUAAACAUAAUUUUAAGUUUGUUUGCCGAUUGAGAAACGUAUCAAAAAAUAAAAUUUUUGAAUUUUAUCAUAACCUCAAGUGAUAUAUUAUACGUAUUAGUUUUGAACGUGUGUUACGUAACAUACAAAAAAAUCUCCUCUUAAUAGACCUUUCCCCUUAUAACUAAAAUUUCGAUCUAGACAAAAAUUUCAUCACAACUUGAAAGAGCAUCACAAAAUUAGUAAUAUUCCAAAGUUUUGUUGCAAAAUCUAGUAAAAUGCGAAUAAUAUAGCCUUGCGAAGUUUGACGUUUUCAGUCAUUUUUCAUUAUACAAACGGGAAAUUGCAGCCCCAACGCCCGAAUCGGAUGUCAAUUUCCCGUUUGUAAUACAAAAUGACUGAAAAACGUCAAACUUCGCAAGGCUAUAUUAUUCGCAUUUUACAAGAUUUUGCAACAAAACUUUGGAAUAUUACUAAUUUUGUGAUGCUCUUUCAAGCUGUGAUGAAAUUUUUGUCUACAUCGAAAUUUUAGUUACAAGGGGAAAGGUCCAUUACUUCUACUUUUACUCGAGUAUAAAUUCAAAGUAAUUUAGGCACCACUCCUUAGUUAGAUGCAGUUUUAUUAGCAUAGCAUGACCAGUUACCAUGGCUAGUUUCGUCACUGCCUAGGACCCUCCUAGCCAUUCAGGUAUAUCCAAUACGCCAUGACCUCGUUUCUCAGGAUCGCCUUGUUUGUAAAGACCGCUCAUAAAUAUUUUGCGCUUCGUAGGUGCAUUGGCAGAUAAAUGAGUUUUGCUGGCAGAUACGUCGGUUAAAUAUACAUUGUACAUGUGAACUACUGUAUUCCCAUAAUUAAUUGUAGCAUACAAUAUAGAGAUAUGCAGUGCAUGGCAUUAUGCAUUGUAUGGGGAUAAUUUUAUAUGUGAAGUCCAUAAAUUUUGGUGUCAAUAACAGGUACUUGUAUAUAAAUAGCAAUCUGGCUUCUGUAUACAAUGAUAAAACUUCGAAAUCAUACCUCAAAUAAAAUACACAAUAUGUCCAAUACUUUUUAUUAAUCAAAUAUGCAUAAUUCCCAUAAGUAAAUAGAUUACUUCAUGUUGGCCUCUCUGUAUACGGUUUUAUUUCGUAUGAUCGUAUCCAUUCACCAAAAAUGACAUGGAAACUGAUUAUAAAGUAUUCGGAAAUGAAAUAAUUUCAAUUUUUCUGCUGUUUUAUAAUAGUGUUUCUAAUGCACUCCACUGGAAAGUGAUGAAACCUCACAUGCACGUACGUAUGAUUUCUAACGAGGGCUGUAUCACUCGAAGAAAGUGCUCGAGAUUUUAUGGAUUUCGAAAAUCCUUUGGGAUUUUUCGAGAUUUUUUGGAAUUUUUAGGGCUUUGAUACAGGGGCCGGUUGUUCAAAGCUGGAUUAGCGCUAACCCUGAAGUAUCUCCGUAACGUUUCUAUAUAUAUAGAAAAUAUUUCCAUAUUUAUAACGUUUAUUAUUAGCAU